AUGGAUAGCUGUUAUAUGAAUGCAUUCAAUCGUAUUAAUUUGGUUUCGCUCGGGAUGAACCAUCAAACAAGCAUUCCUGUUAGCGACCCUCUACGUUCAGAGGCGGGUGUGCAUGGUCCGAUUUACCCUCAAAUUGGUAUCGAAAUCGAAUAUUACACACAGCCCGGUUCAUUUCGGUUUGGGAAUGUAAGAUGCUAUGAGGUGAUAGCAGCGAGCCAUCGUUUUCUCAAAUUGAGUAAGAGGUGA